UCCACGCAACUGAACGCCCAUCACGUUGCGCACAUGGAUCGGGUAGAGGUGACCACGCCACACCCAGUAGACCAAGGCAGAGUGCCUUUGCUGGAGGAACGGCUUGUGUAACAGCUGUAUCAGUGGCACCGACAGCAACCAGUUGCGCCAGCACCGUGCCUAGUUGAAAUGUCGAGGACGCAGAGGAGGCGGCGCAUGCAGCGGCCUCUCAGAGCGACAGGGCCCGCGAAAUAGUUGAGGAUAUUCGGACACAGUUUGUGAACAACAGUGUUUGCUUGCGUAUGUUUUUGCCGAAGCUGUAACGUUAUCUACUUUUUGGAGGAAUGAGAGGCGUAUGUUCGGCUAUUAAAAUGGGAUUGUUUUUGCACGCUGUUGGCUCUGUCAACCCCACCGAGUCCGCAGCAGACAGGAGCCUACUGCACUGUGAAGGUAUUAACAACCAGAGCUACGUCUGUGAGUCCGGACACUGCUGUGGGAAGUCUCAGUGCUGCAGCUACUACUAUGAGCUCUGGUGGUUUUGGUUGGUAUGGGCGAUCAUCUUCAUUUUGAGCUGCUGCUGUGUGUGUCACCAUCGCCGCACCAAACACCGGCUGCAGCAGCAACAACGGCAGCAUGAGAUUAACCUCAUCGCUUACCGCGAAGCACACAACUACCCCUCUGUGCCCUUCUACUUCAGGUUUCUGCCAAACUACCUCUUGCCUGACUACGAAGAGGUGGUCAACCGGCCACCGACUCCUCCCCCUCCCUACAGUGCCUUACACACAGGCCCAUCAUCAGUGGCUUCUAGUCCACUGGCUCCUGAGCAGCAGGAGAGACACUGUCCAACCAUCCAGCCCACUCCAGUGCCCCCGGUCUCUGACAGUCUGUGUUGCAGACCCAGCACAGAGGAACCACAAACCCCCACCUUAGACUUGAGGCCAAAGCCUGACAACAAGCCCAUGCAGACAGCACAAGAUUCAGGCAUGAUACUGCUGUCAGAUGGGCUCAGUAGGGAGGGACUUACCAGCCAGGAGAAAAGAAGUGAAAGUGGGGACGACUCCUGCAAGGACCACCUGCUAAAGGACCCGUCAGAGGGUUCUGCUGAGGACAAAGACCGACUCCCCAACGGAAGGAGCAGGCGAUUCACAGGUGACUCUGGGAUUGAGGUGUGUGUGUGCGGCACACGUGGGAGCAGCGGUUUUAGUGGAGCUGGAGGGACAGGCCAGGAAGGCAAGGAGUUGAGGGAGCUAGAGAGCCUGCUGGGGCACGCGGGAGACGACAAAGAGGAGGAGGAAGAGGAGGGGGAGGAGGCGGGCGACUUCUGCGACAGCUGUGGCCAUCGAGCCUCCUUCAGUGGGGAGGAGGAGCAGGCGCUGGGCGGGCUGGAGAGGCGGGUCGCACGUGGGCCGUCAGGAUCUCCUCAACCGGCUCACCAGAUAGGCAGCGCCGCGCUCCACCCUCCAGUGUGCCUCCUCCUCCACACCAUCAACGAGCAGGAGGGACCGCACCACAGCACCAGCACUGAGCCGCAGGGCUGAAAUACAGUCAGCACACCUUUUGUUUCAUAGAGGGAAGGAGAGAGAGCACUUGAGACAGAGCAUGGAGGCAUAUGCGUUUGUAUCUGAGCAAAUGUUUUAUGGCUAAAUACUUUCUGAGUGAGUAUUUUUAUGAAUGUGUGCAUCUUUGAUAAAACAGGGGUGGGAGCAGGCGGGGGAAUAUCAACUGAAUAUGAGUCGGAUCCAAAGGCUGAGAAAGCCUUCUCCUCCCCUCACUGGAACAGUGGCCUUAACCUGUGUAUUAUGACUUAUGUUUGGGCAGUUGAAGCCCUUUAACAGCCUGUGUCAAUUGAGACCACACACACACACACACACACACACACACACACACACACACACACACACACACACACACACACACACACACACACACACACACACAAACACACACACACACAGUGUCUUUCAGUUGUCCUUCUCAUGCAACGGAAGCUACUGACACACUGUCUGAAGCUGUGACGUCAGGACAGGACAUUAGGUGCCCAGGAUGAAUGCAGCCUUCCUCACCGCCUGGUGCUUGCAACCGUUCUGCAAAGCAGUUCUCUGCAGGCAGGAAACUACAGUACGUAGUGGCAAAAAAAACACAGCAGGAACAUUUUGGAUGAGUGCAAUGUGGAUUUACCACAGUGCGUGCUUAUGCAAACUGAUACUGUACAGGGACACUAGAACAAGACUGUGUGGGAUGUCCCGUAUAUACUUCUAAAGUGCUUUUCAGCGUUUAAAAAAACGCUCUGCCUUGGCUGUUUUUGUUGCUCUCUAUUUGCCCUGCUAGUGAUAGAGAAGUAUAAGUGCAUUUACAAAUCUUGACGUGAGCAGUUCCUAUUUUGCACAAAGUGUAUUUAUCUUUAUAAAUGAGCUUUUAGCUAAACAAAUCAAAACAGAAAAUGCUUUCAUUAAUUCAGUCUUAAAACGCAGUACAUGAUUUAGUGUGUUAGGGUUUUGUUACAUCUGUAAGAAAUGGACCUCUGUGGAUUGUUAUGGAAUGCAACCGAUUCACUUUGUACACAAUCAUUUUUUAAAUUAAUGAAUCUUUGUAGUAUGACUACCCAGAAAAAUGCAGAACUUUGAUGAACAAUGAUACGUUUCUUAGAGAUUAUAACUGAGAUGGGCAACUUCAGACCUCAAACUUUGGUGUGAGUCACUUAAAUAGUUUACCGCCUAAACCCACUAUACAGUAUAAAAUGCUUCUCCUCCUGUUGAGUUGACAAAUACAUCUUACGGGACUUAAGUUUUAGUUAAUUUAGUUUGGAUUAAAAAAAACACAUAGAUUCAGAUAAGGUAAUAAAAUAAGUCUGAUAGUUGUCCUUGGCUUUUCUUAAUAUCCAAAUAUCUAUAAAUAAAUAAAGAGUUUUGCACAACAGGUUUUUUGUUUUAUGGACAAACAAUACAAUAAGUUAACAAGCAAUAUUUAUAAUGAUAUAUACCAAAUAGUUCUGUUAAUGUAUCUUCUCUGGAAGACUUAGUUUGAAACGCCUUUAAGAGCUUAAAUGUUUUAAAUCCAACCUUAAUCCAAAUGUUACAGGGGCUGUUAUAGAUUAGAUGUUGAUGAUGAAUUGGCCAUGGAAAAUGCUAUGAGCGUGCUGUGUAAAACUUACAAAUUAAGUGAAAUUUUAGUUUUCCCACUCUCUGAAAUUAAUUGGAACUUGGUGAUGCUACAUUUCAUUGUCAUGCACGUGUUCUUUUUUCUGAUUUCCUCGUAGCACCCUAAAAAAUGCACACAUUGCAAUGUCUGCAAAGCACAAAUGUUUCUGUCAUUGGUCUCACAGAUUUCUAUAUAGUUGAAAAUGUAAUGUGAACUUUAUGUAUUAGCAGUAAGAUGAUUGAAUCUUACACAUCAAUGUCUGAACACACUCUAAAAUUCUUUAUAUGUUAAUGCUUUUUGUGAGCUAGAAAGUGAUAUUGUGUGAUUGUGGUACAUGUAACCAAGACAAGCUAUUUUCAUAUGAGCUGAAUCCUUUAAAAAAAUAAUGGAACUGUAUACAAUUUUAGAACCACUUUAUAUUUGAAAAUGUGUAUAAUGUUCUGUCACAUGUUUGCGAACCAAAUAGUUGCUUUCAUAUUUUUUAUGAAAUCAUUAGCUUUAUUGUUAUGGUCGGAUUUUUUUCUCAUGGUUAUUAUUUUUGUCUGUUAGAAAAAGAUUUUUUUAAAUAACUUAUCCUUAAGUUGUGUGAAGGGUUCGUUUGACUAGUAGAUAACUUGUUAAGAAGAUCAGGGGCAUCUUGCCAAAGACACGUUUUCUUUCUUCACCAGUGUGUAAGGUGGUUUUGCACAUGUCCUUUGAAUGUUCUGAUCAUAAGCCAUUUAUUACAGCAACCAAUAUGGAUGUAUUUUCAAUAAACAUGCCCUUUAAAUUCA